CUCUCUCUCUCUCUCUCUCUCUCACACACACUCUCUCUCUUUUAUGUCUUCUUUAGAAAAAGAAAUGUUUAAAAAGUCAAAGCUACCUGUCCUUGAUAGCUUACAAGAGUCAAAUAAUAAGCCCAUCAAUGCUUUCAAGUCACCCACCAACACAUCACAAUAUACAUCUUAUCAAUGGAAAGAUUAUUUUGAUGAAAGCAUGGAUAUCUCUAUCCCAGACAGUUCUGACACCUUUCGAGUUUAUAGGACACUUCCAGAAAAAGAAAAUGGUCCUCUGUUUAUCAUGCAUCAUGGUGCUGGUUCUUCUGCCCUCACAUUUGGACUGACAGCUAAACACAUCAUAGAAUUAACAAGAGGGGAAUGUGGUGUGAUGGCCAUCGAUUGUCGUGGCCAUGGUGCUUCAAAAACACAGGUCUUUGAUGCUGAUUUCUCUCUAGAAACACUCUCCAUGGAUCUCAUUCAUAUCAUUCAAGCCACGACAUCUCCAACACAAGACAUUAUUCUUGUAGGGCAUAGUAUGGGUGGUUCUGUCGUUGUCAAUGUGGCUCAUAAACGUCUCUUCAAGAACCUCUUGGGUGUAACUGUACUGGAUGUUGUGGAAGGUUCAGCCAUGGACGCACUCACCAGCAUGACAAAGAUUUUGAAUUCAAGACCAAGACAGUUUCGUUCAAAUGAACAAGCUAUUUUAUGGAGCACACAGUCUGAUACAGUCCGUAAUCUAGAAUCAGCUCGAUUGUCGAUCCCUGCCUUACUCGAGUCAGAGGGCUCUGUAUUGAAAUGGAUUACUGAUCUGCAUAAAACCCAACCAUUUUGGACUGAAUGGUUUCAAGGUCUAAGUGAUAAAUUCCUGAAUGCUGGUACAGCCAAACUGCUUAUUUUAGCAGGCACAGAUAGACUGGAUAAACCAUUGAUCAUUGGACAAAUGCAAGGUAAAUUUCAACUUCAUAUUUUUCCUGAUGCUGGUCACUUUUUACAAGAAGAUACUCCUUUCAAGACAGCUACUUGCCUUGUUGAGUUCUGGAAAAGGAAUCAACGCUUAGUAUUACCACCUAAAGUUAAAAUUUAAUAAAAUGCGUGCCAUGCAUGAAACAAAAAAAAAAAA